AUUUUUGUAUAUACCUGGAAAUCAUCAACUUCAUGCUUAUUCUAUCGAUCUAACCUAAAAAUUAAUAAAAAUAAACAUUAGAAAAGUAUUUAUAAAUGAUACGAUAUGUAUCUCGAACGUAUAAACGAUCGAUUCUAAAUCUUAUUCCGAGUAAAAUAUUUCUAUUCUUAAUAAUAAAAUUAAAAUAAAGAUUCAAGAAAGUAUCUCCUCAUGAGAGAGAAAAAUUUGAAGAAACAAAGAAAAAAGGGUAGAAAGAGUAAUAAGAUGAAAAAAGUGGAGAUGACUCCAAAAAAAUCACCCCCACCGAUUUUUGGUAUACGAGAAGAAAUAGUCGAUGAUUACAAAGAGCAAUAUCUCUUUUUGUUAGAAUUUUUUAUCCAUAGAGUAACCGGUGAGAGAUUAGCAAAAUUAAAUCGAAUGUUUUUCGUACCGACUAGCAUUGGUUUAGAAUUUUUACAUUUUACGGAAGAAGAUAAAAUUGAGAUAACACCGGUAGAUUUAUUAUUCGUCCCACAAGCUGGUAUAGCAGAUGAUGUUGAAUAUUUUUAUUCUGGUAAAUCAAUAAUGUUUGCGAUGGAUCUUGAGACAACGAGGGAUAAGUCGUUGGAAUUGACAGUGAAGAUGACGACAAGAAAAAAAAUGCCUGAGGGUAUUAAACCAGAUAUUUUAGUUGGCGUUGGAGAAUUUGAACUGACUAAACAAUUUGCUGCGUUAAGGAAGGAAUUGUUGCAAUGCUGGCAUAGGAAAGUACCACCGCCUAAGACGUUUGAAGGUUCCGUACCUUUGAUAAUGAAUGAGAAACAAGUCGGCAAAGUUUUUCUCUAUGUAAGAAUGUCUGCCUUUGGCGAGACAAUUAUUACAGAAUUUGAAGCACCAGAGUCUAUAAAGAAAGAAUCUGAUUAUAUAUUUAAAGGUGAAGAAUUGAAUGAGAAAUCUUUAGCUUACAAAUGUAAAGUAGUUGACUCUGAAAGUGUCUGUAAGGAAUCAACUGUUGAUAUUCCUUGUCGUGUAUGCGUAAUGGAAGAACAUGCUUGUUUACCUUGUGGUCGGCCAACUGGUGCCAGAGAACAAGAUAAAUUAAAUGAUCGUAAAUGUUCAUGUGUCUCGGAAACUUCCAAAUCUACUUGUUAUCCACCUAGCAUAUUAGAAGAAACACCAAAAAAAGAUCCUUGUACUGAUACAAGUAAAACGGCUGGCCCAAUUCAAACCAGUCGCGGUCCUGCUCAAGCUUGUGGCAAAGCUGUUGUUCUCAAAGUUUCUGGUCUUCUGGAUGGCGAAGUUAAAAAACAACCAACUGUAACAGUCUCACCAGAAAGCGAUGCGACAGGACCAGAUUGUCCGCCUGAUCCUGAGCACGAUGUUUUUAUUUUGAGAAUUGGUAAGAAAGGAUUGGUCGGUGCUGGUGAGAAAUCAGAUUUGCAAUUGGAAAUGAGAACACCUAAAGGCCCUGAAAGAAGACCUCCGAUCAGACAUGAAACGCGUCAAAUACAAGCUGAUAUCGAAGAGAAAAAAAAGAAAGAGAGAAAGAAAAAGAAAAAGAAAAAAUAAGCAAAUUCUUAUA